AUGUCUUCCUUUUCCGGUCGUGGUGGUGGCCGUGGUGGUGGCCGUGGUCGUGGAGAUGGCGGUGGUGCUGGUGGUGGGGAUCUUGGUCUUGGUCGUGGUCGUGGUCGUGGUCGUGGUUGGGAUGCCAGUUCCGGUGGCCGGGGUAGCUCCAACUCCUCUGGCGAUCGUGAACCCUGGGACCCUCGGCCGGGCGAAGGCAUUCCCAACUUUGGACCGGGAGAGUGGACCGGAUGGCCCUACUCCUACACCGACCAAGAAGGGAAUGUCCGUCUUCCUCGUACGCACGCCGAAGGCAUCCAGUCCCUCAUCCAAUACACUGAACGACCCCACGGUAACCAGGGGCAGUUGCAACUGCCAGUUGGUGGCGAUGAGCUUGCUCGGAUGUGCACUACGCCGAUGCAGCUCAGGCUCCUCGCGGAGCGUGGACGUCCCAUCUGGCAUGUACGAGGCAACAUCAAUGGGCAGCAAGUUGUCUCCCAGCGACCCUCGUACAUCAAUGCACUGUUAAUCCAGUCCCGUGGGAAUCCCCUCGUUCGUGUCUGUGAUGCCUGUUCGGAGCGUUGCAAACCCUUCCCGCAGUGUAUCCGUAUCCCGGGCUACUUUGACGGCUGUUGUGGUAAUUGUAAAUGGCGUGAUCACGCAUCUCGGUGCACCGUACGAGAUGAUCAGCCGGACAAUGCUACCCGACCAUGGCCUCGAGCCCCCCCUCGUCCUUUACCCGCAGCGGAUGAUGUGGUGGACCUAACGGACGAGCAGCAAGUCGUCCGGUCGGCCCCUCGGCCUUCCCGUCAGGUUUAUCGACGCCCGCGUGCGGACAGCGAGGUCCAAGAGAUCACUAUCGUGGAUUUGACUCUGGAGGAUCCCCCUCGUCCGACUCGACCCCGCCCUCGACCCCAUAUUGCCUGGAACCCCUCGGACGAUGAAGCGUGA